GGCCUCUGGAUUCUCCCGAGUUCGUGUGUUUGAAGUGCCACUUUUUUACCCUGCGCCAUGGGAGUGACUUGUGUGUCCCAGAUGCCUGUGGCUGAGGGCAAGAGUGUCCAGCAGACGGUGGAGCUCCUCACCAGGAAAUUGGAGAUGCUUGGGGCAGAGAAACAAGGAACAUUUUGUGUAGACUGUGAGACUUACCACACAGCUGCCUCCACUCUGGGCAGCCAAGGCCAGGCUGGGAAGCUGAUGUACGUGAUGCAUAACUCAGAGCACCCCCUGAGCUGCUUUGCUCUCUUUGAGAAUGGGCCUUGCCUUAUCGCUGACACCAACUUCGAUGUGCUCAUGCUGAAGCUCAAGGGCUUUUUCCAGAGUGCCAAGGCCAGCAAGAUUGAGACCCGGGGUACUCGCUACCAGUACUGUGACUUCCUGGUGAAGGUGGGCACAGUCACAAUGGGGCCCAGUGCCCGUGGCAUCUCUGUGGAGGUGGAGUAUGGCCCUUGUGUGGUGGCUAGUGACUGCUGGAGCCUCCUGCUUGAGUUCCUACAGAGCUUUUUAGGCAGCCACACACCGGGGCCCCCAGUAUUUGGGAGUAGACACGAUGCUGUGUAUGGGCCAGCAGAUACCAUGAUACAGUACAUGGAACUCUUCAACAAGAUCCGAAAACAGCAGCAGGUGCCAGUGGCGGGAAUUCGUUAGUGAUUGGCCGCUGCCCACCUUCUGAGCGGUCACCAGAGUACUGCCCAGGAGGAGCAGGUGCCGUACACAGGGCCCUGGGGCCCUGGACUCUCCCUGACCCCGUCACAGCUGUUUUUUACUUCAUGCCUUAACUGGAUGUGGCUUGUCCUCAAGAAUGGAAAUUGUGAAGAAUGGAGAGGUGUGGGCUUUCCUGCUGUAGGGUAAAGGUACGACAGGCUUGCCCCUGCCAGCCCUGAAGGUGAAAAUGGUCUGUGUCCCCGGUCCUAAGGAUCUGGUAUAGCCCGCAGUGGCCACACGGUGCAGUGUGGCUGUGCCGGGUGGAGUCCCCUUUAGCUUGAGGAUGUGGCUGGCCUCUUCUGGAGAUGGUUGGGUGACGUGACUGGAUUGCUCUCCAUGUCUGCCCUGUUGGCUGCAGUGAUCUGAGAACCAAGUCAGUUGGAGUGUUGCUUUCAUCCUUUGAACGCUGAUGGUUUCCCUUUCUGCUUUGAUUGUGUGAACUCAUAGGCUAAGGGUUCUUACUGCACAUUUUACUUCUUACCUAAUAGUUUAGAGGCUAUCAGUUCCUCAGGGCGGAAUUAACUCUAGGGUUAGCACAAACUAGGCCUCUCAUGUCUGUUCGGUUGCCCCAGUGAUGUGGUUCUGACCACAGGGUGUUAAGCACACUCGUUGGCUCCACAUUCACAUCCACUGAGCAGAGAGGGGGUUGCUCAAUCACUGCAGGCAUGCUAUCCUGACUCUCAACACUCGGUCUGUUUAGUUUUCUGCACCAUGCCUCACAAGUGGUCUUCUCGUCACGGUUGAGCCUUGGAGUCACUCGUUGAUACCAUUGCUUACCUGCCUCACACCUGCUACGGAAACAGUGAACCAGGCCAGCAUUUGAGAUCUACAUAGAUAGGCUUGAGGAAAUUGCUAAUAUACCAAGUGUAGUGUGUCACCGAGGACUCUGUCCUCAGUGGACAGCUAAGCAGACUUUCUGGAGCAUGUUUCUACAGCAGCUGGGAUAUGCUGCUCAUGUUUACCCUAGCGAUGGCUGCCAGGAAAGCUCAGUAUACCUUCCUGGCUGGAGAAUCUGUUGUCCACAUUGUUCACUGUUACUUCCCUUUGCUUUUGUUGUUAAUGUUUGUUUAUUUUUGCACUUUAAAAAUUGAGGUAUGUUUUAGAUAUCACAAUAAAAUCUACAAAUAU